GAAAAAUUGAACUGAGAAUACGUGGGCUAGGCCAUCCAGUGCCAAUGCUGCAAGUGACAGUUUUUCACCCUUGUUUUCUCUGUAUGAGAAUUAAUGUGGCCUGAGUGACAGUGUUCUUCAACGCCUAUGCCAAAAGUUAGUUACCGAGCAAUCCAUCCUUGUUGAUUUUCCAGCAAGUAUCCUCCCAACCAAGAUCACAUUCACAAAACCAAACAAAAUUAACAACAUGUCUACUCAUCGCCGGCAAAUUUAUUUCAAUCCAACAGUCGAGCAAACCAGUGGAAAUACACCUUCCAAUAACGCGUUGAAAUUCCAUCAAUCUCUACCCCACUAUAGCCGGACCCCGCUUGUCCCUCUUAAUGAUCUUGCUCGGGAGCUGGGGAUUACGGGAAUCUAUGUCAAAGAUGAAAGCGAUCGCUUGUGUCUUCCAUCUUUCAAAAUCCUAGGCGCAUCAUGGGGAACAUUUCGCGCAAUUGUGGCAAAGACUAACGUUUCCCCUGAGACUAGCCUGGCGGACCUUUCAGACACAGCUAGAGAACAAUCAAUUACUUUGUACGCAGCCACUGACGGGAAUCAUGGAAGAGCUGUUGCAUUCAUGGCAAAGUUGCUACGGAUUCAAGCGAGGAUUUACGUCCCUGCAUUACUGGACGAAGCUACAAAAUCGCUGAUAUCCAACGAAGGAGCCAAAGUGAUCUCAGUUUCCGGUACUUACGACAAGGCGGUUCGACUGGCUUCGGAAGCUGCCAGUUCUGUGUCUGGUGGACUUCUCAUUCAAGACACUGCUUUUGACGGUUACGAGGAAAUCCCUCCGUGGAUCAUAGAGGGAUACUAUACUAUGCUCCACGAAAUCGAUUCCCAGCUCGGGGAAAAAAAUGUCAAACCAACAAUGGUUGUCACCCCUGUGGGGGUCGGGUCUCUCGCAGAGGCCGUCGUUUCUCAUUUCAAGUCACCAGGCCACCAGAGUACUGUAAUGGUCGUUGAACCUGACACAGCGGCGUGCCUACACAAAAGCCUGAGGCUAGGGAAAUGUGUUCCACUCGAUACCUCGCGUACGAUCAUGAAUGGCUUGGAUUGUGGCACUGUUUCUUCGACCGCAUGGCCAAUCCUCCAAGCUGGUGUCGACGUUAGCGUGACCAUCUCUGAUUUCGAAGCACAUCAAGCGGUUCGGUAUUUGGAGUCACAGAAUAUACGAGCUGGACCCUGUGGUGCAGCUGGCAUAGCUGCUCUGCGUCGCUUGGGCAGCGUCCGACCACUCGACCCGUCUACAGUUGCCGUUCUCCUAUGUACUGAAGGAUCACGACCCUAUUCAACCCCCUUCGAUGUAUCCGUCGAAGACCCUAUUGCUCUCUCAGAGUUGCUACAUGAGAUUCAAUCACCCAGUCCAUCUUCUUCCCAAGCUCCUGAGAGAGAAAAGGCAAAACUUGAGGACUAUAUUGCAGCGUGGUUGGAACAUCGCGAUCUAGACAUUCGUCAACUCCACAAUAUUACCAGUUUGGGCCUGGGAAGUGAUAAGCUGGCUAGCAUUGCAACGUCUAUGGUUUCUCUACUUCGUCCAAAAGCGUUAGACACCUUUCCACCCGCCAGUACAGAUCGACAAUAAUCAAUUCUUUCUUUUGCUGGUUAUUUUUCAGUUUGUAAAUAAUAUUUAGUAUUUUUCUUUCUGUUUCAAUGAGUGAAAAUUGGAAUUAAUAUUAGAGUGAUGCAUCUAGGCUCUGGCUUCAUUGGCCCUAUGGAAAUAUCUGAAACCGUUGAAUCCUUCUGAAGGAGAUAACAGCAAGGGUGGGUGUUAUCGACUCGCAAAGUGUGGUCUUCCAGGCUCGAGAAGAGAUACUAUCUCCUGCUAUUGUCAAACCUGGGUAUGAGUGUACAAAUGUAUUGAAGCGUAGGGUCUCUCUACCUGAAAGGAGGUAUUAACUUAUGAAGAUCAAUUAAUUCCAUAUAGAGAUAAAAAGCUUUCCUCAGAGA